UUAAUUUACUGUUUUGCAGACAUACACGAGUGUGACAAAGGAAAGCAUCAGUGCGACUCGCAUGCUUUCUGUAACAACACUAAAGGCUCUUACAAUUGUACAUGCAAACCAGGAUAUUUUGGAAAUGGCUUUAAUUGCACAGGUAAUAUUGUAAAAAAAACCCUGAUAGCACAAACCUUAACCUUAUAUAAAAACAUUUUUAUUCAUCCAUUUUUUUUAGCAGACGCUAAAGUGUUUGUUAAAUCUUCAGGCCCGUAGCCAGGUUUUGUUACUGUACGGGAAGGUAAAGGGGUUGCGAUCCAAGGAGAAGACGGACAAAACGUGGCUGGAGGCGCAAGUCUCUAGGGCAAAAAAGGGUUGUCUGAGACUGCUUUUCGAGCGUUUUGAUAAAGAUGGAUAUUUUGUUAAAUUUUUUUUUAGCAAAGAGACUCACUACUUUAUUUUACGAUUUUACAAGGACAAUGUCAAUGUCACUAUUGAAAAUUACAAAUUAGAAAGAAAUUCUUGCAUCAGUAUUAUUCACUAGGUUUGAUUUUUCAAUGGUGCAACAAGUUCAAGCCUACUUGGAUGCUUCUUAGCAAACAGACCAACGACUUCUUCCAGAUCAAUGUCUAUUACACAGUGGAUGUGCAUAUAAACAGCCAGAGAGGAGAGCCUCUACUGUGCCGCGAAUAUUACUUAGUUUUAGCCACAGAAAACAGCUGAUAUUUUAAGCUAUCCUCAAAGACAAAGGACUUCAAAUUCUUUCUUAUACUUUACGAAGGCGAAAACACGUUUGAUGGAAAGCGUCAGUCAGUCUUUUCAACUCUUUCACAGUAUUUUCAAGUUUAUAACACAGUCAGUAAAUUAGUGGUGAUGAAAGAACAAUACCGGAACAAUACUGUAGACUUACUUUGUUUUAAAUCGGCUGGUUAAAAAUAAAGUGGACCUCUAGAGCCUGUGGGGGGGGGGGGCACCCGUCGCACCCCCUCCCUACGGGCCUGAUAUAGGGUCCUUUAAAACAGUUCUCACAUGAAAGGGCUUGUUGUUAGCCUGUUAGCAGGCAAACUUGUGCGACUUUGGGUUUAUUAUGGCUCGAACUGGCGAAGCCGAUGAGAGGAAUGGGGUGAUUCUCCAGGCCAUACUUAACGUUUUAAGAACAUUUGCAUAUUAGGCAAACAAUCAUCAGUCCGAUGCGCAGUCACAUCUUUUCUGGGUGUUUAUUAGCCGGUUACGGAAACUAUUAUAGGUUGGCUGUAGCCUGAGUAUCAGGCCUUAUUCCUUAGGGGUUGGGGGAGAGGAGAUUUGAUGCUUUACGCGAAUGAACAAGGACAUGAUAUCUGGGGAGGGGAGAGGGAGGCAAAAGGGAAUAAAGAAUCAUAAAAAAAAAAUAUGAGAAACCUAAAAUUGUCGGUUCCGCCACACUUGAAGUCAUUAUGUCAUGCUAACUGCCACGUUAAUGUUCAGUAAUUUAAAUUAUUCUUCAAUAGUAUUUUCAGAAUUUAUGAACUCGUCGAUUUUGAACGGCAGUGAUUACUAUUUUCGUCAUUUGGGCAAUUUUCUGGAGAAUGCGGUUGGGUACAAUUCUCACUGGUUGCUGUGCUGGCGUGCUACAUUGCAUGGCUGGAAUGUCCGUCAGUUUCACAGUCGCUGCGAUGGAAAGAACGACACUGUUACCAUCAUAAGGAAAGGCAAAUUCAUCUUUGGCGGAUACACGGAAAUUCCUUGGGGUAAAAAAAACUAAUUUCCUUAUUUUAUCCUCUUUUUUUACUCCAAUGUAACAGCUUUACAAUUCUGAUCUACUUGCACUGCUUAUUAGGAUUUAAUUUUUUUUUAUAAGGUUGAAACGUCACUCUUGGUUUGUCACCUUGUAAUGAUGGUGAAGUGUUUUUGUGUAAUGAACCUAGUUACCUUAGCUUUGCCAGCGUGGGUCUUAACGUCAAUAGGUCUGGUCGCCCUUAUUUUUAAUUCAAACUGAAGACAAGAAAACGAAUUUUUUUUCUUGAGCGAGCCAUGCUUAACUCAAGGUCUCGGUGAAUUCUACCCAUCCCCAGCAACUUUCGUCAAGGCUGCGAUCCAUCUGUGAUGACAGUAAGGUUUCCUUCAAGGGAAGUGAAGUUUCUUCCUUCGUUAGCACGUGAGUUGUGACAGUUCUGUGAAUGGAAUCUGACAAACAAUGGAUUGCACAUACUUGCAGAUCGUGUCAUUUCAAACGCAAAGAAGCUAAAUGUAGUGAUACCGGUGAAUGCAUCAAAUUUUUGUUACGGCAGCUACCGACCCGUUACAGUGUGUGUCAAGGAUGUGUCCCGCCUAAGAGAAUAUGCAUAGCAAAACCAUAUAUUUUUUAUACGGACAGUCAGUAAAGCCUGGCCAGGUGUCCUUGUCCUAGGCAUUCUGUAUUAGAGUCGGGUGGGCCAACAAGAUUGUCCGUAAUUAAACGGAGUCCGCAUGUCCGAAUGUCUAGCAUCGAUCCAAUGGUUCUAAUUUACACGUCGAGCAGAAUCAGUUUAUUACUAUUCUGAGAAAUCUCCAGUUAUUAAGUUUGGUAACCUCAUAAGUUAUCUCACCACUAAGAAAUAAAUGUGUUAAAAGUGAAACGCUUGCUAAAAGAACUUGAAUCCUUCGGUUGAUUCCCUGAUCAUUCAAUAGGGCUAUUGCCAGUUACCUUUACCUCAAUUGUAUUGAUAGAUAUUCGUUUAAAAGAGAAGGCAAAAGAAAAGUGAACUCUGGUGGCUGUAGAAAAAUGACGUCAUUUUUAAUCGUGAAAAUGGGCUAAUAUGGUCAGUAAUAAAAUGAAUUCAAACUUGAAAUUCAUUUUUUUUUUAUCGAAGCAAACGUGAAAGUAUAUAUGACAAUUUUCUUUUUUUUAAAUUAUUAUUAUUUUAUUUAUUUUACGUACUUUUGGUUUCUCAGAAUCCAGUGGUGGCUGGAGCACUACUUUCGAAGCGUUUAUUUUUUCGCUCAACAAUAAUGAAGGGUUGGAACCGUUUGUGAGCAAGGUGAAGAAAGAAUACUCAGGAAGCGCAAUUUACAGGGUUUCACAUUUUGGUCCAAUGUUUGGCAAUUAUGUCUACAUUGUUGAUAAUGCCGACAGUGACAGCAACUCAAGAGGACGUUUGGGCAUUGACUACUCUGCUCCACCUGCAGUGCAGGACAAGUACACAGUCCUGGCCGGGACUGAGCGCUUCUUUCCUGAUGAGGUGGAGGUAUUUUAUCUUGAUCCAUCCCGCUAA